CGCCCGCCCUCCAAAGCCUGCGGGGGCGGGGGCGCCAGUCAGUGCUGCCGUGCGGGGAGCUGGGCUCAGCGCCCUCCCCCCCCGCCCCCAUUGCACCCCCUCCCCCCGGGCCUGCGCCCUGGCGCUGCUUCUCCGGAGUUGGCGCUGCCAGGCGGGCGGCUCCCCGGCCACCCCAGCCCGUGGCACGACGCCACAGCCCCUGCUCCGUGGCUCCCUGUGGGCCCCACGGGGUGCUGCCCCCUUCCCUGCCUGGGGGAUGGGAAUGAAGCGCUCCCCCCCCCCCGUUCUGGCCGGGGCAGGCGUGGCCCUGAGUGGCCCUGGAAAGGGGGGAUUUCCAGCCUCCGCUGGAAGGAUGGCGCCGGUGCAGGGCGGGGCCUCGACACAAGGGGUCAGACUGCAGCGAGGCCAGUGGGUGUCUGUGGGGCACAGCGAAAACCCCACAUGCCCUUCCUGGUGUGAACGACAGACUAGAGGGAAGUGCGCUGUUAGUAAAGGAACAAAAGAGCCACAGCUUCAUGUUUGCUUUCCUCUUUGGGGUGUAUGUGUGGGAACUGGUUUUCUGUUCCUCUUUUUGCAUGUAGUUAAUUUCCUAUAUCUUUUUUCAUAGGAUGGGUGGGGAUAAAAGAGACUACCUUGUGCAGGUUGUUUAUCUUGUGCUUACACUCUGUUUCCUUCUCUACAGUCAGCAUUUUUCCUCUUUUCUAGAAGUGAAUCCAAAAAAGAAAUCUGACUAGCAGAAAUUUUCCCCGCUUCUCAUCUGUCUCUGGUUUUUCUCCAACUUGGAAGUGGCUGGGGUUUGUUUCAGAUUUCUUUUGGGAAUGAGGUGAAAUGCUGUGUUAGAUACUCUGUUUCAAAUUUUCCUUGUACUGCUAUUUAACAUUGGCCUGCUAAACCCAGGGCUGUGAGUUCAAUCCUUGAGGGGGCCAUUUAGGGAUCUGGGGCAAAAAUUGGGGAUUGGUCCUGCUUUGAGCAGGGGGUUGGACUAGAUGGCCUCCUGAGGGCCCUUCCAACCCUGAUCUUCUAUGAUUUGGUCUGUAGAUCCUGUUUUUAGGCUGUUAGGUGUCCCCAAAAAUUAUGUACACAGAAGCUGUUCAGUAUCUGAACUCACCUGGCUAACUUCCCCCUCUUGCUGGAAAGGGAGGACCAUUGUCUAACGGUUACAGCAGAGAUCUGGGUCCCUGUCUACACUAAGGAAGUUUUUAAAUAUGUCCCUUCAUUGCUAACACCAGUUUAGCUCCGCCUGUAUUAGCAACAUUAGGAGCCCUAGUGUAGAUGUGCUACCUCCAUUGUAAGCACUCUGUCAAUUCCACCUGCUCUGGAUAUUCUCCAACCAAGGCCAUAAAAUCCUCCAUCACUCCUUUCAGCUGUUCUUUCUGCCAGGCUGCGAGGUUGUGGAACCCAAUUUUCUCCCUGAGCUGGCAUUUGUAUUGGGGUUAGGGUGUUCUUAGUCUAAAUUAUAUACAUAGUAGAAACUAGUUGAUCUCUUUUCUUGCUUUUAGGUUUGGAUUUUUUCUGACCAUUCAGUUCUCUCUGUUUUGGUAGAUGGAGGAAGAUGUAAGGGAUCCCUUCCCUGACAAAUUACAUGGUGGAUAGCCACAGUCUGUAUAAUGCAAGAGAGAUGAGGCCUCCUCAGAUCCCGGAUGCUUUUUGUCUGAGAAGGGGCCUGUGAAACUCCAUUCUUGUCCCUUUGCCAGUUAUUUUAGAAUUGGUUUUGCCCUGGAUUGAUUUCAGGUUCUCCUGGGAUGUAAACAAAACUCACUUGGCUGUUGUCUCUGCUUUCCAUAUGCUGGUGCAACAAGCCUCAGUCCCUUGUCAUCCUUUAGGGAACAGUAUAUUAAAGAGUUGAUGAAUCUGCAUCUUCAAAUCAAACUUAGAGUUCAAUCCCAUGAAUUUUCAUCCUCCUAAGGUCCUUGUGAGCCUCACAGAAACUUACUUUUUCUUGCAUCUGUCAUUUUAUGGCUAUAACAUCUGUGAAGAAAGUUUCAGAACUGCAGGCUUUGAUGGCAUCCUUAUACAAAUUUUCAGAAGGAUGAAGUAGUCCUAAGCCAGCCUCCCAAACACAAGCGUGGUGGUCUCAUUUUGUUUUAAAUCAGGGUGAGGGGAAGCAGACAGUUGAUUUCCCCAAAAGAUGCAGUUUUUUGGCCGACUUGUAAACACCAUCAACAAUGUCAGCAACCUGUUUUCAAACCCUUACCGGGUGAAGGAGGUGCCCCUGGCAGAGUAUGUGGCUCACACACUUCUGAGAGAGGAAAACAGGGUGAUCCUGUAUAAGAACAAAAACGCUCACUACUGGGACUGCCUGCUGGUGAACCCCCAGAGUAAGCUGGUCGCCUUUCGGCUCUUCCGGUUAGACAAUGAGACGGAAGCUGUUGAGCGCUUUGAGCAGUAUGCCAGGCGGCUGCGCCCCUUCUACGAGAGCUCGCCACAACCCCUGCAGCUAGAGGUCCUCCAGCAACUAAGUGACUGUUUCCGUAACCACCCCCACUGGUCCCUGGCGCAUGUGGCAGUGGAGACAGAGCUUCUGGGGAGUUUCCGACACAAUCGCAUCCUAAGCUGUGUGAACAGCACAGAGUGUGAGGAUGGCUGUACCCCACUGCAGCUUGCCUGCCGGAAGGGAAACAUGGAGUGUCUGUGUGAGCUGGUGGAGUGCCAUGCCCGGCUGGAUGUCACUGACAAAAAUGGGGAGACAGUCUUUCACUAUGCUGUCCGAGGAAGUAACCCUGAGAUCAUAAAGCUCCUGGGCAAAAAGCCAUCUGUUGGCUUGAACCACCUGAGCAAUCAGGGGCAGACGCCUCUGCACCUAGCCUGCCAGCUGGGCAAAGAGGAUGUGGUUCUGGCUCUACUGAAAUGCCAUGCGAAGUGCAACAUCAUGGGGACACUGGGCUACCCUAUUCACACUGCUGUGAAGUACUCCCAUAAGGGGUGUGUGCGAGCCCUUCUUGAAGUGGAUGUCAAUCAAGUUCAGUUCAAGGACCCCCACUACGGAGCAGCUGUGCUCCACUGGGCCAAAAAUGCUGAGAUGACCCGGAUGCUGAUUGAGUAUGGCUGUGACGUGAAUUCUGUCAGCAAGACAGCAGACAUGGCUUUGCACAUCAUGGUCAAGCGGGGGCGUUUUGACAGCGCAAUGGUGCUGCUGACGCACGGGGCUCUUGCUAAUGCCAAGGGGAAGGAUGGCAACACCCCGCUGCACCUGGCCAUGAAGCAAGACCACCUGGAGACGAUCAAGGCCCUCAUUGUGUUUGGAGCAGAUGUUGAGAUCUCCAAUGAGUUUGGAGAGACACCAGGGCUGGUGGCUGCCAGGACCAGCAAAGGUCCUAACCGGAAGGUGCUCUUAGGCCUGCUGCAAAUGGUAGGGACGGAACGCUGCCACCCACCUAGCCCCGAAUCCCCCCACAUGGCAUCCACAGCAUCACUACCGCUGUCCACCUCCCCGGAAAGACCACCGCUCCCACGGAACAACGGCCACAGUUUAGGUUACGACAGCAUCAUCCAUAUUUCCACAGCACUUGGCCACUUGCUGAAGACGCCGGAUGUCGUGGACUCUACCAGUGAUGCAACGAGAACGUACGAUCGCCUCCUGUGUCUGGAUGGAGGGGGCAUCCGGGGCCUGGUGCUCAUCCAGCUUCUCAUCGCUAUUGAGAAGGCUGCUGGCCGACCAAUCAGGGAACUCUUUGACUGGAUCGCAGGGACCAGCACAGGAGGGAUCCUGGCACUGGCUGUUGUACACGGGAAGCCGGUGGACUACCUGCGCUGCCUGUACUUUCGCAUGAAGGAUGAGGUGUUCCGAGGGUCGCGGCCGUACGAGUCAGAGCCCCUGGAUGAGUUCCUGAAGAGGGAAUUUGGAGAGCACACCAAAAUGACAGAUGUCCAGAAACCGAAGGUCAUAGUAACAGGGACCCUGUGUGACCGGCAACCUGCCGAGCUCCACCUCUUUCGGAAUUACAAGGCACCAGCGAUGAAAAACAAGCCUGAUGUGAAGACAACGGACCCCUUCAGACCACUGACCAAUCCAGAAGACCAGCUUGUGUGGCGAGCUGCCCGCUGUAGUGGUGCGGCCCCAACGUACUUCCGACCAAUCGGGCGUUUUUUGGAUGGUGGGCUGCUGGCCAAUAACCCCACCCUGGAUGCCAUGACGGAGAUCCAUGAGUACAACAAGUCCCUAAGCCAGAAGGGGCAGAGCCAGAAGGUGCGGAAAUUGGGAGUGGUGGUCUCCCUUGGGACGGGGAGGCCUCCACAGGUCCCCGUGAGCUCCGUGGAUGUCUUCCGCCCCUCCAACCCCUGGGAGCUGGCCAAGACUGUCUUUGGGGCCAAAGAGCUGGGCAAGAUGGUGGUGGAUUGUUGCACUGACGCGGAUGGCCCAGCCGUGGACCGUGCCAGGGCUUGGUGUGAGAUGACAGACACCCUCUAUUUCCGGUUCAGCCCACUGCUGCACUCGGACGUGAUGCUGGAUGAGGUGAAUGACGCGAUCCUAGUGAACGCACUCUGGGAUACUCAGCUCUACAUCUGCCAACAGCAGGAGCAGUUCAAGCAGCUGGUGCAGGAGCUCCUCACCCGAUGACUUUCUGGAAGACUUGAAGGCACCAGUGCCCAAUCCUGACAGUAGUGACUUAGGAAGCGGGCAAGGAGUAACAGCCUUUGUAGAAGAGCCAGACUAGGGGUUGUCCUCGCCGUCAGACCAAGACAUUGGUGGGAAGAAUUCAGGGAUCAGCGAUAUUAAAUAUGAAGCAGUACCCCGGCCCCAUGCACACAUGCGGUGGCAGCUGGGAAUUUACAACUGGUAUGGAGGCCUGAGUCCCCUGUCCUCAGAGUGCAGUCUCUGGUACCCCCCAGGUAUGGGCAUAUUCCCUAAAUCACCCUGCCCUGAAUCUAUCUGACAGAGCAAGGGCAGACCUCACACUGCUUCCUACCUCCUGAGCAGACCUUCUGGAAGGUAACCCUGAGAACAGAUCUCCCUUCCCCUAGAAUAUCUCUAGUGCUGGCCCUUCCCACCCUGGAUAGCACAAUGAAAGUGAGGCAAAGACAAACUUUUGAGGGUUACUUUAUCCACUCUUGCAAAUGUAUGUGUGUUGUGGAGGGAACUGGAGUCGCUACCCCAUGUGGUCUGGAUGGAGAAGGGGCUAGGAAUAGGGUAGUCUCUGCAGUAGUUUUGGACCCAAAGUAUUGUGAUUGUUCUUUUGUGAUCCGUUAUCAGUCUUGGGGUGAGGGAUGGGGGAAGAUCUUCCCUUGAUCUGUUAUAGCCUGUGACUGCUGCCCUUUCCCUUUCUAUUGCUUUAGUGCUCUUUCCACCCCCUCCCAUCUCUCCUUCCAGUGUCCCUCCCAGUUCCCAACAGCUUCUGGCCACUAGGGUGGUAUGAGCAGAGCUGGGGGGAAGGGGAUGAGGCUUCCGGGUUUUCAAUAAAUGUUUCCUGCUGCCUGGCCUGUGCUGAUAGUCCUCACGCAUGGGCUGAGAUGUGGAAACUCCUCCCCCUGCCUUCCCUUCCAGGGGUCACAUGAUGAGGAGCAAAAUUCUUGCUUCAGCCAUGGAACAAAGAUUAAACCAAAUUUAUUGGGGGCCAUUUAUUGGCUGAUAACACUGAAUAAAAAGAUAACGAUGAUUUAAAUACUGUAUUCUCUGUGAUCAUUUCCCGCUGAGGAAUCUGACCCCUGGGACUAGAUGGAUUUCUGCUAUUUCAUUCUCCCCCUCCCCAGCUUUUCCUCCUGUGUUGGGAAUUCCAGUGCGCUCUUAAAAGGCACUCAUUGUUUCUGCGUUUUGUUUAGUUUUUGAUAGAAGUGAAUUUAUUUGCCUGUAGGAACCAGUUUGGAGUUCAUCGGGUCAUCUCCCACGUUCUUUCUCUCUCUCUCUCUCUCUCUCUUUUAAAUCUCACAUUGUUUUUGCCUUGCAAAACAAACUAACCAGUUGUGGUGGUGUUGCAAAGAGAGGGUUCAGUGUGAAACUUACAAGGUGUGAAAUAAAGGGAGGUUUGAAGUCCA